GAGAUAACGGACAAUUACGUGACCAAGACAACAAUCUACAUUUACCACAAAAGUCUUAUCAUUUUUCUGUUAAUUUUACUUCAAAAUCAGGCUUAAGACUGAAAAUGCUAUCUUUAAUAUUUAUUUUGGAAAUAUUCCUUUCGCUUACGAUCGUCAGAGGUGAUGAUUGCGCAUGCGCGACGACAAACGUUCAUAUCCGCGAGAGCGCUGGAACCAAUUCUGCAAUUUUGGCCACUCUAAGAAAUCAGCACUGCGUGCAGUUUAACGGUCAAAGACAAACAGUCGAUGGAACCUCGUGGGUUAACGUGAUUUACAACGGAAAGAACGGCUGGAUUCACGAAGCAUACGUCACGAUAUCGUCUUGUAUUACGCAUGCGCCAACAAACUUACAACAGCUACAACUUUCGGGAUGUCCGAAUAUUAUAACAAGGGCGGAAUGGGGAGCACGUGCUCCUACUCAAUAUGCAGGACGGUUACCAGCCACACCAAAGUAUAUGUUUCUGCAUCAUGGCGCCUCCUCACCUUGUUUCACAAAGGACAAAUGCAUUGACAAAGUUCAAGGUUAUCAAAACUGGCAUAUGGAUGGUCAUGGCUGGAAUGAUAUUGGAUAUAGCUUUGUUGUUGGUGAAGACGGCAAUGUGUAUGAAGGGCGUGGCUGGGAUACGAUUGGAGCACAUACUAAACAUUACAAUACCGUUGGGCUAGCUAUUUGCGUCAUUGGUGAUUUCACCGACCAUGUUCCAAAUCAAGCGGCUUUAGAUGCGGUACAGAAACUGAUUGCCUGUGGUGCUGCAAACAAUAAACUUGUCGCGAACUACACUCUCCUCGGACACCGAGAUGUCGGGUCUACAGCCUGUCCUGGCACAGCGUACUAUAACCUGAUUCAGACCUGGCCACAUUAUAACCUGUGAAUUGUAGGAUAAUUCAACAGAGCACUGUUUCAAAUUAUAUUUAAAUCUACAAUGAAAUUGAUAAAAAAUAUAG